UCACCGGCGACCUACCCCACAGCCGCUGCUGCCACCGGCGCCCCACAGCCUGCGCACCCCUCCACGGGAAACCUGCACGGAGGCGGCAGCCUGGGCGGGAGGGGGAGAACAAUCGCCGCCUUCUCAUGCUGCUCGUCUCCACCGCUUUCUCUCCACCAUACCUUGUCUGCGCCGCGUGGUGAUGACCGGUGGCACAGCCGGCGUUGGCGGCAGUGGUCGAUCCCCUGGUCGUCGUAGCUUAUGGAAGGCCGGCACUAGCGAGGCCCCCUCCGUCCCCAUCCGCGAGUUCCACGACAGGGGACUUCGACCUCGCCUGCGUUCUCCCAGGUUCCUCGGCAUCAACCCGACCUCCCACAAGUUGGCGUUCGGAGCUAUAUCUGAACUUCUUGAUAAUGCAGUAGAUGAGGUUUGUAACAUCUUCUAACAUCUUCUAUGAAUUAGAUACUCGCUGAUUUAAAUUGUGUGAUAAUACUCAAAUGUCUGAAACACGGUUUAUUCUGUUGUAAGCUGAAAAUUUGAGAUGUCACAUUCCUGUUUCUGGGAAAACCAUGCUAUUACUGCUAUCACAUUUAUUUAUUUAUUUUGUUGUAUUCGUGUAUUAUAACACAAUGCUCUGUUCAUCAGGGUGUUAAUAACUUCACUUUCUAACAAAUGCCUCAUCACUGAUGGGGGUG